CCUCAACGCUCGUUUCCAAGCUUUCUCGAUAAAUUUUCGUCUUGAUUUUCUAAGGAGUUUUUGCUAAGGAAUGCAGUAGUUUUGGGGUUAACAAGUGUUUCCAUAAGUUUGCUUUGGACCUCGACGCUUGAUGAAUCCUAUGCGUGAUCAACCCGGCAGUCCUUAUGGAGAUUCAACUCCUCGUAGUCCGUUUUCUCCCUUUUCUCCCUUAUCUGGAGACGAAAGGCAUAGAAAUCUUGCAGAUUCCAAAACUCCUCGCAGUCCUUUCUCUCCAUUUUCUCCAUUAUCCGGAGAUGAAAGGCACAAAAGUCUGGCAGAGUCCAAAUUUCAGCAAGCCCUUGCUAGUUCUGGCCAACUAGAUCCAUUAUCUCCUGGAUCAAUGCACCAUGGAGGACACAAGUUUCAUGAGGUUUUCCAAAUGAAACAGGGGCGUUAUGAUCUUCAAGCCUCAAAGAUUUCUGAAAUGAUGAAAUCAAGUAGCUUAGAUAAUGCUCCUACGCAGUCAUUGCUAAGCGUCUUGAAUGGAAUUCUAGAUGAAAGUAUUGAAAGAAAGAAUGGUGAAAUCCCUCAGCGUGUGGCAUGCUUGUUAAGAAAAGUCGUGCAGGAGAUUGAGCGGCGUAUAUCAACUCAAGCUGAACAUCUAAGAACGCAAAACAAUAUUUUCAAAACUCGCGAGGAAAAAUACCAGUCAAGGAUCAAUGUCCUUGAAGCCUUAGCAUCAGGAACUGGUGUAGAACAUGAGAUUGCUACACAACAGCUUAGACAGAUAGAGACAGAAAAGUCAAUGUGGGAAGAAAAGAAGAAAAACGAAGAGGAAGAUAUGGUUAAGCUAACGAAACAAAAUGAUCAAUACAGCCUUGAAAUCUCUGCACUGAAGCAAGAACUGGAGACAACUAAAAGAAAAUAUGAACAACAAUACUCGCAAAUUGAAAGCCAAACAAAGACAGAGAAGUCAAAGUGGGAAGAACAGAAGAAAAACGAAGAGGAGGAUAUGACCAAGCUAUUGAAAGAAAAUGAUCAAUUCAACCUUCAAAUUUCUGCGCUAAGGCAAGAGCUGGAGUCAACGAGAAAAGCAUAUGAACAGCAAUGCUCGCAAAUGGAAAGCCAAACAAUGGUCGCUACAACAGGACUUGAGAGUAGGCUGAAGGAACUUGAACAAGAGGGAAAAGUGGAAAAGAUGAAACAGCUUCAACAAAUGGAAAAAGAAACAAAAAUUGCUAAUACAAGCCUUGAAGGAAAGAUUCAAGAGCUUGAACAAAACCUUGUAAACUGGAAGACUAAAUUCAGAGAAAUGGAGCAAAAGUCUGAGUCCAACCACCAAAGUUGGAGCCAGAAAGAACUUUCCUAUAGAAGCUUUAUUGAUAACCAGUCUCAGGCACUACAGGAGUUGAGGUUCUAUUCAAGAUCCAUCAAGCAAGAAAUAUUGAAGGUUCAAGAGAACUAUACAGAACAGUUCAGCCAAUUAGGAAAGAAACUUAUUGAACUUAGCAAUGCUGCGGAAAACUAUCACGCUGUACUAACUGAAAACCGAAAGCUUUUCAAUGAGCUUCAGGAGCUAAAAGGAAACAUCAGAGUGUUUUGCCGGGUGAGGCCUUUCCUUCCUGGACAGGGUGCACCAAACACAGUGGUCGAGUAUGUCGGUGAGGAUGGAGAACUGGUAGUUACCAAUCCAACUAGACCAGGGAAAGACGGUCUUCGCCAGUUUAAGUUCAACAAGGUGUAUAGUCCAACUGCUACACAAGCUGAGGUAUUUUCAGACAUAAGACCGCUGGUUAGGUCAGUACUUGAUGGGUACAAUGUUUGUAUAUUUGCAUAUGGCCAGACAGGAUCAGGGAAAACUUAUACAAUGAGUGGUCCAGAUGGAUCAAGUAAAGAGGACUGGGGAGUUAAUUAUCGCGCUCUCAAUGAUCUCUUUAAAAUCUCUCAAUCUAGAAAGGGAAACAUAUCGUAUGAAGUCGGGGUGCAAAUGGUGGAGAUAUACAAUGAACAAGUGCUCGAUCUGCUGUCUGAUGACAAUUCUCAAAAAAAAUAUCCUUUUGUUUUAAAUCCUGGGAUCCUUUCUACAACUCAACAAAAUGGCCUGGCUGUGCCUGACGCAAGCAUGUAUCCUGUGACAUCAACUUCAGAUGUGAUUACAUUGAUGGACAUUGGACUACAAAAUCGAGCCGUUGGUUCUACUGCCUUGAAUGAAAGAAGUAGUCGCUCCCACAGCAUUGUUACUGUUCACGUUCGCGGUAAAGAUUUGAAGACUGGUUCUGUGCUAUACGGUAAUCUUCAUUUGGUGGAUCUGGCAGGAAGUGAGAGAGUAGAUCGCUCUGAAGUUACAGGAGACAGACUAAGAGAAGCACAACAUAUAAACAAAUCGCUCUCAUCUCUUGGAGAUGUGAUAUUCUCUCUCGCUUCAAAGAGUUCCCAUGUACCAUACAGAAACAGCAAGCUAACACAGCUCCUCCAAACCUCUCUUGGAGGACGAGCAAAGACGCUAAUGUUUGUGCAACUCAACCCUGACGCCACUUCAUAUUCAGAGUCAAUGAGUACCUUGAAAUUUGCAGAGCGUGUCUCCGGGGUCGAACUUGGUGCAGCAAAGACCAGUAAAGAAGGUAAAGACGUUCGAGACUUAAUGGAACAGUUAUCGUCCCUUAAGGACACCAUAGCGAGAAAAGACGAAGAGAUAGAGAGACUUCAUCAGGUAAAAGACACUCAGCAUCAUACUCAGAGACUUCAGAAACCCAUGACGAGAAGAAAAAGCAUAGGACAUACCGAUGACAUAAACUCAGAUACAGGAGAAUAUUCAUCACAACAAUCAAGAUACUCUGUUACUGACGGCGAGAGUUUAGCAUCCUCUGCCGAGGCAGAGUACGAUGAGAGACUAAGCGAGAUUACGUCUGAUGCUGCAUCUAUCGGAACACAAGGAUCCAUGGAUGUUACUAAAAGACCACCCAGAAUUUCAGACAGAGCUAAGUCAAUAACUGCAAGAUCAUCUACGAGUGUAGCACGACCACUCGAUAAGCUACGGAAAGUCGCUACAAGAACAACAUCGACCGUUGCUAAGGUCACGGGGUUGACAUCAUCAAGUAAAGGCUUAGCGUCAUCAAGCAUUAAGAAGACGGGAAGUACUUCAAGUUUGGCAAAGUCUUCAAAACGGUGGGCGUAAAUAACGCUUUUUACUCCUAGCCGCCCAUACAUUACACGUAACACUGCAAAUAUCAUUUUUUCUUUUUGUUUCACAAAACUUUACGUACGUUUUCUUAAUUUAUUUCCUCUAACAUAUGGCUUCGAUUGGGACUAGAAGUUUUGCAAUAUUUUCAUGUUAAUUUAUGUACAAAAUUUUGUAAAUACAUGAAUCUUAUUAUU